AUGCAAAAGCAGAAACAUAAGCCAAAGUCGUCGCGCCCUUGGAGCGAACCCAAGUGGCACGACCAAUAUCAGCAAUGGUAUUCAGAACGAGUAAGCCGACAUGGCAGUAUAGAGUAUAAUUGGAUUGGACCAACCCUUCCAAAUGCCGCGGACCAGAGCAUCCCACGGUCUGACGCCAUUAACAAUCUGGUCGACAAUCUAGCUGUAGAAGUUGGACAUCUUACUGUCGACCCAGGAAUAUACGAUCAGGGCCAGUAUUCAGACUACAGCAGCCACCACGCUACCGCCAUCGACCACUCUAGUUAUACACACGACGCACGCCAGCCCCAAGAUUCCAAUUAUAUCGAUCAUGUACAAAAACAACGCCAAGGCGACAAAGGAAAGGGAAAAUCCCUUGAAGUUGAGCAGAUUGUGGAUUAUGGCAGUUCAUCUGUGGAUGGUAACCAACCGCAAGUUGCUCGUGGAGUGCAACUAACAAUGAGCGACUAUCGCCAAGGAACGCAUCCGCAAUAUACCGGCUCAGAUUACCUGAGUGUUGAGACUGCUGUAUCUGGUAUAGCUCUGAAUGUUUCGGAACAGCAAGUGAAUGGCUACGACGACUCUGAAGAAACCAGGGGUUUCGAUGAUGACGAAUAUCAAGAAGCUAUCCGUAGGAGCCGCAGUGAAACCUACGGGGCCCCUAAAACAGGCGAGCCGUCUUACUCGACGCCAGUGGCAGAACCAGCCACAUCUUCAUCCUGGUCUACAUCUGUUGACCCUAGUUCAUACGAAUUAAACCCGUCUCUGAUCACUGGAGAGGAACUACCCACGCCCCGCGGUGGUUCGCCAGUUUCAGGUCCUAUGAUACCGUCAGCUCUAUCUUAUGCCAAUUAUAUCCAGGGGACACCAGGAAUGGAGGAAAUCCUAGAUAGCCGAUAUAGAGUUGAACAUUCAACACGGUUUCAACCGGGUGAGGUUUUCAAGAUUCUUUGGUCGGAACCUCUCGGUCAAAUCGGCGGCGAUGACCCGAUUUCCGACGUGACGAAAAGGAAGACUGCAGCUGGUAAAUUUUAUGUUGGUUUCCGUAGGUUCAUUAUCGUCACGACGGAUGAAAGCCAUCAUAGUACUUGCGUGCCAAUCUUGACAUAUGACCGAAGAGGAUGUCUAAAGAAAGGCGUUAGACCUAGCAAGCAUGGAAUCAUCUACACGGCAGGGAGCAAGCCCAGGCUUCUAAAAAAUGAGCCCGAGCUUGGGUUUACACCCGUAGCCCUCCAAGUCUACGCCGAAGGCGAAAAGCUCGCCAAGGAAUCUCGGGUCAACUACUCGAAGUUGGUCACCAUUGAGCACAACGUCAAAGUCUUUUUUAUCGGAUCGAUUACCGGAGAAGAUUUCGAAAACGUCAGCUACGCUGUUGACGUGUGCUGGAACAAUAAGAUGCGUCUGUCAUCAAAGAAGUCGAGGAGGUGA